UGUACCUCCUGAUCUUUUAGCUUGACAAGCUGCUGAGUAUUUCUUUUUAGGCUGCAACAAGAGGCAACCAGCAAAUAAGAAUGGAACAGAGGAACCCUCCAGUGGAUGAUUUCUCCCUCAACAUAUUUUCCGUUACCCCAUUCACAAACACCCAGCUGGAUGUUCAAGUCUCGGAAAGUGAUAAAGCUGGGGCCACCUUGCUUUUCUCUGGAAUCUUUGUGGGACUUGUUGGAAUCACAUUUACUGCAAUGGGAUGGAUCCAACGUGAUGAUAAGAAUAGGUUUGAGUGGACCCAGUUGCUUGGACCCCUUUUAUUAUCAGUAGGGGUGACCUUUGCACUGAUAUCUGUAUGCAAGUUUAAACUGCUGUCAUGUAAGCCAUGUAAUAGCAAUGAGGAUACGGCACUAGAGGCAGAUCAGCAUUCAGCUGGACAGUCAUUUGUUUUCACUGGAAUAAACCAACCAAUAACUUUUCAUGGGGCUACUGUGGUACAGUACAUUCCUCCUCCAUAUAGUGCUCAAGAUGCCAAUGAAAUGACAUCUCCCAUGCCUGCACCUGUCUUUACUAGUAACAGUGGGUCUAGUACUCCUAUUGUGAUGGCAUCUCCAGUAUUUCCUCCUGAAUAUCACUGUGUUUAUGCAAGGGACAAUCCAUCAUUUGUAGAAGAAAUUACAAACCUAACACUUACGGACAAUGAAAAUGACAGAUCUCCAUGUUUCAGAAGGCAGCAUGAACAGCUCCAGAGUGUAGAUGCGUACAGUGGCCCACCACCGUCAUAUGCAGAAAUAUUUCCUGAAAUAAACUAAUUAAUUCAAAGGUUACAAAAGUCCCACCUUCCAUUAAGUAAGGAUUUACAGGUUUCUUCACAGUACGAGCUCUGAAAAUGUGGAAUACACUCCCUCAAGAGCUGGUUCUGUCCAGCUCAGUA